UGCCUGACUUCCAGCACAUUCCUGCACUCUACCUGCGUCUGUCCGUCUGUCCACGCUGCCCCACAGACUCAGACCCCAUGCCCUGAGCCACCUCAGCGCUCCUGUAAACCCCUACAGCUGGGUCUUGCCACGGUGCCAGCAAGUGGCCCUGGGCUGGGGGCUGGGGCUCCCUACAGGGCACGCAACCCUGAGACCUCAGAGGGCCACCCCUCGAGGGGGGCCAGGCCCACGGCGGCCCACCCGAGUGCCACCUGUGCCCCCAGCCCUGCUGGCCCCUGGUUCCACUGGCUCCCCAGAUGCCUGGCUGAGACCCAGCAGUGGCCUAACCUGCCCCCGCCUCCUCCUGGCCCCUGAGGUUGCAACUGCAGCCGGCGACUCCUUGGGCACCAGGCAGCUAUCGGACACAGCCGCUGGCCUGAGCAGCAGCGGGAUGGGCAGCACCAGCCCCGGCCUGAGCAGCGUGCCCCCCAGUGCUGUGUUUCGGACAGGCCCAGAGAAGGUGACGGCGGGGGCAGUGGGGCCCGAGAGACGGGACUGGAGCCCCAGCCCCCCUGCCACGCCCGAGCAGGGCCUGUCUGCCUUCUACCUCUCCUACUUUGACAUGCUGUACCCCGAGGACAGCGGCUGGGCCACCAAGGGCCCCGGGGAGAGCACUCAGGACGAGGUGCCAGAGGAGCCUGAGCAGUGCCCGGUCAUCGACAGCCAAGCCCCUGGAGGCAGCCUGGACUUGGCGCCAGGCGGGCUGACCCUGGAGGAGCACUCGCUGGAGCAGGUGCAGUCCAUGGUGGUGGGCGAGGUGCUUAAGGACAUUGAGACCGCCUGCAAGCUGCUCAACAUCACCGCAGACCCCGUGGACUGGAGCCCUGGCCACGUGCAGAAGUGGCUCCUGUGGACAGAGCACCAGUACCGGCUGCCCCCCGUGGGCAAGGCCUUCCAGGAGCUGGCAGGCAAGGAGCUGUGUGCCAUGUCGGAGGAGCAGUUCCGUCAGCGCUCACCCCUGAGUGGGGACGUGCUGCACGCCCACCUGGACAUCUGGAAAUCAGCGGCCUGGAUGAAAGAGAGGACUUCCCCUGGGGCGAUUCACUACUGCGCCUCAACCAGCGAGGAGAGCUGGACGGACAGCGAAGUGGACUCAUCCUGCUCUGGGCAGCCCAUCCACCUGUGGCAGUUCCUCAAGGAGCUGCUACUCAAGCCCCACAGCUACGGCCGAUUCAUCCGGUGGCUCAACAAGGAGAAGGGCAUCUUUAAAAUUGAGGACUCCGCCCAGGUGGCCCGGCUGUGGGGCAUCCGCAAGAACCGGCCUGCCAUGAACUACGACAAGCUGAGCCGCUCCAUCCGCCAGUAUUACAAGAAGGGCAUCAUCCGGAAGCCGGACAUCUCCCAGCGCCUCGUCUACCAGUUUGUGCACCCCAUCUGAGGGCUGCAGGCCAGACCUAGGCCUGAAACUCGCCCUCACCCGGCUUCCUUCCUGCCUGCCCCUGUCCUGGCUCGGGGAGAGGGCAGUCUGCUGGCAUUCAGAGUCCAAGGUCAGGGAGGGGAUGGCCCGCUGCUCCCAGGGGUAUAAGUGAGCUCUCUGGGGCCCGAGGGACCCCAGCUGGGGGUACCUCCUCCUCAGGUCUGGAUGUUCACAUGGCCAGCCCACUGCAGGGUGGAGGGGCCAGGACUGUCCUCAGUGUUCACAGCUCUCAGGGAAGGCCUUCCCUCUACCGUAGCCUCUGACCCCAGCAUUUCCAGAGCAGAGCCAACAGAAUGGCAGUGACUUGGCCAAGGCCACUCACAGUUGUGUGUUCUCUGCCACGCAUUCUGCACCAUGCUUGGCAUGAUGCUAGGAGACGUCUGCAUUCCUGAGUUGGGGAGCCAGGGGUGCCCCUGGGAAUGGAUAAUAAAGAUACUGACAUAAUCCCAGUGUCUGUACAGUGCUGAAAGUGGUUGUGGUCACAGAGGCCUGGGGUAGUCAAGGGAGACUUCCUGGGGGAGGUGGCAUAGAGCUGAGCCUAAAAGGAAGGGAUAAUUGGAGAAGCUGUCAGAGAGAGGCAGUGAGUCCUCAAGGCCAAGGAGGGGCUGGAAUGGCUCUGGUCUCCCUUCACUCUGGUGUGGGCUGAAAGAAGGGAGGGGGACUGGGGCUGAACAGGGUCUAUGCUUCGGAUUGGAAAGAAGGCAGGAUCCUCCGCUAUCCUCUUGCUCUGCUGUAGACCAGAGCUUUCUCUCUAGGGUGGGCCAGGGAGCUGGUCUUCCUGCAAGGAGGCCCAGAGCCCUGGUUUCUGCUUGGUCAACCAACAGAGCUCUGAGUUGGGGCACCAGGAGUGCAG